AUGUGUUGGCAUGGCGACGAGGAGGAUGAGGACAGCUCGGAGAGUGACCCAGGUGGGCUGUCGGUUCUGGAGCAGCUCGGGCUGGACCAGAACUCAGACUUCUCAGACUCCAGUGUGCAGCAGCUUCUCGACGAGCAGCGUGAAAGAAUCCGCAGAGAGAUACGCAAGGAGCUGAAGAUCAAGGAAGGAGCUGAGAACCUGCGCAGGGCGACGACUGACAAGAGGAACGCUCAGCAGGUGGACAGUCAGCUGCGGUCUUCCAACCGCAGGCUGGAAGACCUGCAUGCUCAGCUGCAGGAACUGGAUGCUCACAUUGUGGUAAAGGGAGGAGAGGAGAAUAAAGAUGAGUGUCCUCAGUCUCCUGGGGCAGAGAGCCGAACGUCAGCCCACAAGGAACGCAUCGCUGCCCUGGAGAGACAGCUCAACAUCGAGCUCAAAGUCAAACAGGGAGUUGAGAACAUGAUCCCUAUCUACGCCAAUGGAUCCACCAAGGACAAGAAGAUGCUGCAGACGGCCCAGCAGAUGCUCCAGGACAGUAAGACCAAAAUCGACAUCAUCCGCAUGCAAAUCCGCAAGGCUGUGCAGGCCACCGAGCACAAUGACGACACACAGAGUAACCAGGACCUGUGCGGGGUGGAGCUGCGUAUUGAAGAGCUGAGGCAUCACUACAGGGUGGAGCAUGCUGUCGCUGAGGGGGCCAAAAAUGUGCUCAGGCUUCUGGGGGCCAGCAAGGUUCAGGACAAGAAAGCCCUGUCCGAGGCGCAGUCUCGUCUGAGCGAGGCAUCUCAGCGGUUGGACUUGCUGAGGGAUUCUCUUGACCAGCGUCUGGCCGAGCUGCCAGAGGACCACCCCAAGGCCAGCAUCAUCAAAGAGGAGCUGGUCCUGGCCUCCUCCCCUGCUUUCAGCUCCCGCCACGGUGCCCCCUACCUCCACAACCAGUACAGCACCCUCAACAAACCAUCACCCCUCACUGGUACCCUACAGGUGCAGCUGCUGGGCUGUGUGGGGUUGUUGGAGGUGGUCCCGGGUCGCAAUAAAGGGACAGCUGUCAUGCUGCCCUGUUACAGCCCUGGAGACACAAGGUCUUUCAUGAGGGGCAGCAAGGGACUCUACGGACGGAGCGGUUCGGUCAGCGGGAAGACACCCAGCAAGACAGACGAGCUCUCAUCUGAGGUGAGUGCUGUGCUAAAGCUGGAUAACACAGUGGUUGGCCAGACAGCUUGGAGGACUGUUGGAGAACAGGCCUGGGACCAGACCUUUACUGUGGAGCUAGAGAGGUCGAGGGAGAUGGAGAUCGCAGUUUACUGGAAGGAUUAUCGCUCGCUGUGUGCUCUGAAGUACCUGAAGCUGGAGGAGUUCCUGGACAACCAGAAACACAGAGUUCAGCUGGAGCUGGAGCCUCAGGGCCUGCUGCUGGCUGAGGUGACUUUUUUUAACCCGGUGAUUGAGAGAGUUCCUCGCCUCCAGAGGCAGAAGAAAGUCUUUUCUAAGCAGCAAGGCAAGGCGUUCCUUCGAGCUCGUCAGAUGAACGUGGAUAUUGGCACGUGGGUGAGGCUGCUUCGAAACGCCAUUCCCACCGUCAACAACUCAGGAACCUACAGUCCCAACGCGCACAGCCUAACACUCAACUCCGGGGAGAUCUCAGUGGAGAAGUUGAGUCUGGACAGCGACACUCCGAUAAGAGGCGAUUACAGGAGAGACACGGACACACACACCCCGGUGAGACAGACAGAGAGAGAGGAAGCCUGGGAAAUGGGGGAGGACCGACCGCCAGUCAUCGAGCCCUUCUCCCCCCCAGACCUCACCCCUGAGUGCCCUGUCCGAACCCCAUCUGUUAGCAGUAAGCAGAAGAAAGGUCCUCUGUCCCUCCAGGACUUCAGGCUGAUCGCUGUGUUGGGCAGGGGACACUUUGGGAAGGUGUUGUUGUCAGAGUACAAGAAGACAGGCACGAUGUACGCCAUCAAAGCCCUGAAGAAAGGGGAUAUCAUAGCCCGGGAUGAGGUGGAAAGUCUGAUGUGCGAGAAGCGCAUUUUUGAGAUCGUGAACAUGUCACACCAUCCAUUCCUGGUCAACCUGUUCGCGUGUUUCCAGACGCCAGAGCACGUGUGUUUUGUUAUGGAGUACACAGCGGGAGGUGACCUGAUGAUGCACAUCCACACAGACGUCUUCACAGAGCCAAGAGCCGUGUUUUACGCGGCCUGCGUGGUUCUUGGACUUCAGUUCCUUCAUGACCAUAAGAUUGUGUACAGAGACCUCAAGCUUGACAACCUGCUGCUAGACACAGACGGUUAUGUGAAGAUCGCUGACUUCGGACUGUGUAAAGAAGGGAUGGGUUAUGGGGACCGAACCAGCACAUUCUGUGGGACUCCAGAGUUUUUGGCCCCAGAGGUCCUAACAGAUACAUCCUACACCAGAGCAGUGGACUGGUGGGGACUGGGGGUCCUCAUCUAUGAAAUGCUGGUGGGAGAGUCUCCAUUCCCAGGGGAUGAUGAGGAGGAGGUGUUUGACAGCAUCGUGAAUGAUGAAGUCCGCUACCCACGCUUCCUCUCCACUGAGGCAAUUGGCAUCAUGAGAAGGCUAUUAAGGAGGAACCCUGAGAGAAGACUGGGCUCUGGUGAGAAGGAUGCAGAGGAGGUGAAGAAGCAGCCAUUUUUCAGAAAUGUAGACUGGGAGGCGUUGCUGCAAAGAAAGGUGCCCCCCCCCUUUGUCCCCUCCAUCGGUGGCAAAGAAGACGUCAGUAACUUUGACGAGGAGUUCACCACCGAACCUCCGACCCUCACACCCCCUCGUGAGCCCCGCGUGCUCUCCCGCAAAGACCAGGACAGCUUCCGGGACUUUGACUACGUCUCUGACCUCUGCUAGUGGGCUGUUGGCUCACAGACUUCGAGGAAUGUUCGAUUGCGAGGGCUUCACGAUGGUUUUAGUUGGAGCGGACCGACAGACUCUCCUGACUGUCGGCUGACUGUUUGUCUGCCCUUAAUUACACUGUGAAUGAAUGCGGAGAAACCGAAGGAAGUCGGUCUGUGUUUUGUGUGUCUGCAGGAUUUUAAAGAUGGAGGACUGGGGAAAUAAAAGCUGGGACAGAUAGCUGAUGGGGUUAAAUGUUCCAUCACAAAUGAAGGAUGAAUGAAGGCCCCCUCUCCAACCAUUGUACAACACACCAGGGACUUGUUUAUCUUGCAAACAUUAGCCUAUAAAAUGCCUCCUCCCAUCCUCCUAUGUGUCAGUGUAGUCACCUGUGCAGCUGUGAGAGGACGAGCUCUUUGUACUGUUGACUGUUGCUAAGUCGCCUCUUAUACCAAUGCCUUACAUUUGUACUUGUAUUUGAUCAAUAGUAGAGUGUGUUGUUUUUAUUUUGUAACUGUUUGUAUACAGCAGCCGGAAUAGCGAUGUGACGUGCUGUAGAAAUUCUCUCAACUUAUCUUUUUUUUUUUUUUUUUUUUAAAGAGGAUUUGCUUGUCAGAGGGGAAUUAGUUACGUUCAGAGUAAAUUUGUACUCAAAACUUUUCCUGCAGUUGUAUGAUGAUGACCCUCAGUCAUGCUGACCGAUGCUAGGCGAGUUAUGAGUUAACUAUGGGGUAAAGAACCACUGUCUUACUUAGCUGCAAUGGACCUUUCAUGGGACAUCUACCAACCACUUUUUAAAAUUUUUGUUGCUUUUUGUUUUAAUUUCUGUGACAAAAUCCAACAACAAUUUGCAAAUUAGUCCUAUUUGAUGACAGUCAGUGCAUUGUUCAAUACCCUGCACAUGCUUUAGGUUUUUUAAUAUUUAGGUGUUAUACAUAACAUGUGUAGCAAACACAGACACGACCAUCAGCAUAAAAGCUAUGUGGCGAGCAGGUUAUUUAAUUUUUUUUUAAUUGGGGGGGAAAAAAAUCUGAACACUAAGACUUGAUGAACAAGUAAGAGACUAUCCAUUAUGGGUUUGAGACAAAUUCAUGCAGUUAUCUAGAUGCUACCAGAGUUUUGUGAAUAUGAAGUAAUUUCCCUCCAAGACAUUUACAGACUUCAAACUCAGCAAACAACUGUAGCAGUUGUUUUAGUGUCUGUUUGAAGAAGUUGAGCCACCCACAGGUUAAAAUCUACAAAUUGUGGUCACUGCAGGGUUUGGUUUCCAUCAUAGUGAUAAAAUCCUCUUUGUUUAAACCAAAACUGAUUGAUAUCUUAGUACUUUUUUGAAAAUCUGGGUGGCACCACUAGCAAAACAAACCUCCAGCCACUUUUCCACAGUAGAACAAAUUAGGGAGCUCGCUGCAGUCAGCACAGCCUUAGAUCCAAGCUAAGAAGUUCUCUUGGCAAUACAUUUCAAAAUGAACGCUAACAUUAGAGGGAAACAGACUGAUAAACGUCGGAAAAAUAUGAGCCAGUGGUUUAAACAUCUGUGACACAUAACCAUUUCUGAGUACAGGAGAGGUUUGUUCUGAGGCUGGAUGUAUGAUGGCGUAGAUUUUACUUAUCUUGUGUAUGACAAUACAAAACCAUGUGAGAGUAUGAGAUGACUUAUUUUAUAAAGAAAACCUGGAGUGAA